CACACAAAACCGCUGUGUCCGGACGGUUUUGUUACAAAUCUACUCAUAAAUAUACGUGCGUUUUUAUUUGUUUUUAUCGCGAAGUGUGUUAGAAUUUUAAAUAAAUGCAAUUGCUGAAAGUAAACAUCUCAGAUAAAGUGUGAAAUGUGUCUACUCAAGACAACAGCUGCUUUAAGCUAUUAAGAACUUUUGGUCAAGGCCAUGACGCAUUGACUUGCCACUUUUGGCCAAGAUCCAGGUGAAGCGAAGUGAGGGGUCAUGUUGCAGCCAGCGCCUGAGCUGGAGGAGGAUGAUGGCGGACAGACGGACAGCAUUAUUACGGCCAUGGCUGGUGUGGGAUUAGACGAUACCGAAGUCGAUCUCGAAGUGGAUGUCGAAGUGGAUGUGGAUGUGGAUGCAGUACCCGAUCGUAAGCCACAUUUUUUGGAUUAUGAUGCAGCUGCACCGCCGGACUACGAGGAUAAUUAUGGCUACAAUCAUCGGGCCGCUGCCGGGGAGCAGCUGAAGAUGGACAAGAAAUACGAGCGGGAUGGCGAGAUAAGUGACUACGAAUUGGCCGCCAGUGGCUACACCAAGAAGGAGUUCACCCAGGACGACAACACGCUGCACUUUACACAAAGUGCCGGCUCCGGCGCCGCCGCCGGAGUGACCAAGAAGCCGGCAAAGCAUUUUCUCGACGAGAAUCCCAUAGCACCCGACUAUAUGCUGGCACAGGAGCUGCGCGAGCAUCGCAGUCUCGAUCGGAACUUUGAGCGGCAGUCGGCGCAGCAGCAGCAGCAGCAGGAGCUGAUGCCACCACAACGUCUUGGCUCGCCGGCAGCUGCAACAGCCGGGGGCAGAGUUUCCCGCAGCAAGGAGCCAUCGUAUACGUUGUCCCGUUUCCUAGAUGGAGAUACCGCACCUGCUUUGCCACGUUUGCCCAAGGGAACCGCCUGGACCAGCAGCUCGGAUGUGGAUGCCACCCUGGGCGCCAAAGUGGAAUGCGUAUACUCUUUGCUCUCCAUGCUGGGCUCGAAUGAUCCCUUGGAGAUGUCCAAGAAGUUUCUGGAACUGUCUGCGAAUGGACAGAGCUGUGCCACAUUGCGUCACUCCGGUUGCAUGCCGCUGCUCGUGCAGAUGAUGCACGCUCCGGACAAUGAGCAGGAGGUGCGCAAGUGCGCCAGUUUGGCACUCCACAAUGUGGUGCACAGUCAUCCGGAUGAGAAGGCGGGCAGAAGGGAGGCCAAAGUACUGCGACUGCUCGAUCAGAUUGUGGAUUAUUGCAGCUUCCUGAAGACGCUGCUCCAAAGUGGAGGCGAGGCCAUUGCCGAUGACUCGGAUCGUCAUCCGCUGGCAGCGAUUUCAUCAUUGAUGAAGGUCAGCUUCGAUGAGGAACAUCGACAUGCCAUGUGUGAUUUGGGUGCAUUGCAGGUAAUACCGAAUCUGGUGCAUCUGGAUCAUGCUGUCCAUGGUCCCAAGCCGGAGGAUCAAUGCUGCAAUUCAUUGCGUCGUUAUGCAUUGAUGGCCCUAACCAAUCUCACAUUUGGCGACGAGAACAACAAGGCGCUGCUCUGUGGCCAGAAGCAGUUCAUGGAGGCGCUGGUCGCCCAACUGGACACAUCCGGACCCGAUGAUCUGCUCCAGGUGACGGCCAGUGUGUUGCGCAAUCUCUCGUGGCGUGCCGACAGCAACAUGAAGGAGGUGCUUAAUGAGAUUGGCACGGUGACCGCCUUGGCCAAGGCUGCCAUGCGGAACAAGAGUGAGAACACCUUGAAGGCGAUCCUCUCCGCUUUGUGGAAUCUCUCGGCGCAUUGUAGCACCAACAAGGCCGAGUUCUGUGCGGUAGAUGGCGCUCUGGCCUUUUUGGUGGGCAUGCUGAGCUAUGAGGGACCCAGCAAGACCUUGAAGAUCAUCGAGAAUGCAGGUGGAAUACUUCGCAAUGUCUCCAGUCACAUUGCCGUGUGUGAACCAUAUCGUCAGAUUCUAAGGCAGCACAAUUGUCUGGCCAUUCUGUUGCAGCAACUCAAGUCAGAGAGUCUAACGGUGGUCAGCAAUUCGUGUGGCACUCUGUGGAAUCUCUCUGCACGUUGUCCGGAGGAUCAAAAGUUUUUGUGGGACAAUGGAGCGGUGCCGAUGUUGCGGUCAUUGAUCCAUUCCAAACAUGCCAUGAUCUCGGAGGGCAGCUCGUCGGCAUUGAAGAAUCUAUUGAAUUUUCGUCCCGCUGUACAGAAUCAAGAGCAACUUGAUCCCAUUGCCCGAUCCAUGGGCCUGAAGCAGCUGCCCACGCUCAAGGCGCGCAAACAGAAGGCUCUGCAGCAGGAACUGGGCGAGCGUCAUGCCGAGACCUGUGACAAUCUUGACAAUAGCAAUAGUAAUCCCAAUUCCAAUUCCAACCCCAAUGCCAAUGCCAAUGCCAACAAGCCACGUCGUCAUCCGGCUCCUCCACGUUUGUCACGCUCCGUCAUAACCAAAAGCGAAAGUCGCGAUUCUGUUUAUUCGGCCAAGUCCGAUACGGCCUAUGAGCAUCUGAUGCGCUCGGAUUCCAACCAACGUUCAGGUCAGAGUCAAAAUAACUUUGAGAUGGAGCUGGAACAAGAUGCGGAGGCAACGGAGGAGCAGCCCAUUGAUUACUCGGUCAAAUAUAGUGAAGGAGCUGCUGCUCCCGACAGCAAAACAACAACAUAUCAGGAAACGGAUUUGGAUCAACCCACAGAUUUCAGUCUACGCUAUGCGGAGAAUCAACUGGAAUCCGAUUUGAAGGCAGCAACAGUUGUGGCCACGCCUGCCAAGGCGGUGGUCGAGGAAGGUCAGGAAAUCCUUCUCAUACUGGACGACAGUGUCAAGUGUUAUCAGACCGAGGAUACGCCCUAUGUCAUAUCAAAUGCGGCCUCCGUCACGGAUUUGCGUCUAGCGGCCAAAGCGGAUGCAGAAGUCACGCCGCCAGUGGAGGAUCAAGCGGAUAGCAAGUCCAAUGAGGUGGCAGCCACAACAACUCCACAAGCUCCGGUCAAGAAGCCAGUCUCCAAGCUGUCACAAUGUGCAUCGGGCUCGUAUACACCAGAGAAACCCAUCAACUACUGUGAGGAGGGCACACCUGGUUACUUUAGUCGCUACGAUUCGUUGAGCAGCUUGGAUGAGCCUGGCAAGUCGGCUACGAAGCCAGCUAAGCCCGUCAAGGCGGAGGAGGAGCAAGUGCCGCCACAGGAGCAGCACUUGCAGCAGCCGGAGGCAUCGGUUAAGCCAGUUGCCACCUCCAGUUCUGCAUUGGACACGCCCUUGAUGUUCUCACGUCGCAGUUCCAUGGAUUCCCUGGAUGUGGAUGUGGCCAAUUGUGAUGAUAAGAGUUCGGUUGUAAGUGAUUUUAGUCGUCUGGCAAGUGGUGUCAUUUCUCCCUCGGAACUGCCCGAUUCCCCCACACAGAGCAUGCCACAAUCUCCGCGACGCAUCAGUGUGGCAAGUGCAAAUCUCCCCCAGCCCGCUGUCAAUGCGCAGCGUCCGUUGCGCAGCGUCUUUGAGGAUGAUUUGAGCAGUUUCAAUGUGGAGCAUACGCCGGCACAGUUCUCCAAUGCCACCAGUCUGAGUAAUCUCAGCAUUGUGGAUGACGACGACAAGCCGUUGGGUGACAACGAUAAGGAGGAUGAAAUGUUGCUCGCCAGCUGCAUCAACAUGGGCAUGCAACGUGGCAAUGUGGCAACUGGCACUGCAGCAGCUACAGGAGCAGGAGCAACCGGAACAACAGGCGCCGCCGUUUCGUCCUCCUCCGCUUUGGCAGAAGAAACUACGCACAGUUAUUGCACUGAGGAUACACCAGCUCUGCUCUCCAAGGUGGGCAGCAAUACAAAUCUCUCUGCCAUAUCGAUAAACUCCACGGUGGGAACUCAACCACAGCGCUAUUCGCUCAAUCUCUCCGAUGAUGUGUCCUCCAAUGCUUCAGAUUGCGGCUUAGGCGGUGGCCAGUCGUCCAAUCUUCUUCAGCAAUGCAUACGGGAUGGCAUGCAGAAGCCAACUCCACUUCCAGUUGCUGCUCCCGCCUAUUUGCCAGUUCACGAUGAGAUCAACAAGUAUCUCAUUGAGGAUAGUCCCUGCAAUUUCUCUAUCGUCUCCGGAUUGUCCAAUCUGACGGUGGGUUCAAGUCUAGUGGGACCUGCGGUACAACUACGAGAGGAUACUGGCGUUGUCGAUGCAAGCGGAGGGAAACCGGUAGGAAACGUGGCAUCGCAAGAGCAUUCUAGACGACCGCCGCAUUGGCAGGAUGAUUCAUUGAGCUCCUUGUCCAUUGACUCGGAGGAUGACACCAAUUUGCUGAGUCAGGCUAUUGCCGCUGGCUGCAAUAGACCCAAAUCGAAUCUUGGCUUCAGUUCGAAUCCAUCAGGGAGCAAACGUUCCAGUUCGCUGUGCUCCACGUCACAGCCGAUAGCCAUCAAUGCGGCCAGCUCGGCAUGCUCUUUAAAUUCAGCGAUGACUGCACGCAAGACGGUGCAACAGGAAUCCUAUAGUUCCGUGGACUCGAGUGACUCCAAUGAUAAUCAAUCCAAGUCGCUGUUUGAGUUGUGCAUACUAAAUGGCAUGUACAAGUCCAAGGAGCCGGGCAGAUCCCAACAACUGACAGUAAUUGGCAGCAGCUCCUCAGCACAAUCGAAUCCCAAUCUCAAGCAAUUUGAUUCGUUACCGGUUCAAUUGCCGGUGCAGUCGAAACGACAGCGUCACCAUCAUCAUCAUCAUCACCAUCAUCAUCAGCAUCAACAGCAUCAACAGCGUGAACGGGAGCGUGAGCGUAAGGAUGAGAAGCUGCUGAUGGAGUGCAUCAAUACGGGCAUCUCCAAGAAGAUCAAUGCGGUGCCAAAAAACGCGCUAGCUACGUCUGCAGUUGCAUUGGAACCGUGUCACCCAAUGGCAGCUACUACAUCAGCAAGUGUUCACAGCACAGCAGCUCCAGACGUAGACAGCAACAACAAGAAAACGCACGCAACCCAACACAACAACAACAACAACACCAACAACAUCAGCAACACCAGCAACAACCAUCCCAACCGGAGCAUCCAUCGCUUCCAGCACCACAACGGCAUCGACAUCGACACAGACGCAGCAAGAAGUCCAGCUCCAAGUCCAGAGAUCGAGAACUCGAUCGAUCCCGUGACCGUUAUUGGGUCUAAGCCAACAGAUCCAGAGGCAGAUCGUUCCAGUGAUGAAUCAAAUCAGUCAUUUAUUCUGGAUACUUCAGUCAGAUUGGAUGAAGUAACUGAUGCAGCCAGGCAAUCAAAUCCCAGCUGUAGCUCUGACAAGCACAAGGAUCCGGAUUUGAUGUUGAAAUCUGUGGAGAGACUUACGCUGGAGUUUGUGACAUCCGCUGAACAGUUGCGCACAGGACACAGUCAGAAACCCAGCCAGAGUCACAGUCACAGUCAGAGUCACAGUCAUAGUCAUAAUCUGAGCCAGACUAACAACACUUGGAAUGAGAACACCUGUCCCAAUGAUGUGUCCUUUCCCAGCAUCAGUCAAUCGGCACCCAAAUUGGCCUCGCUCAGCUUGGAUGAUGAUCCAACUGAUGCGGAGGUCACUCAGGCAGCCGAGCUGCAGGAUUAUGCCGAAAUUACGCCAACGAAUGAGACACACACCACAAUGGAACAGCAGUUAGUAACCGAUAAACUGGACAGUCAAUCCUCUGCUGCACUCAAUUUUCAGCUAGGCGGACCAGUUGUAAAUGCGGCAGUCCGAAGCUGCAGUGAGCAGCAGCAGCGAUUGCUGCUCUUCAAUGGCACCAGUGCCUCCAUGAUGACGAAUUCCACAAUGAUUGCAUUUGAGGCGCGUGCGCUGGCUGAGAAUCUGCAGCAGUUGCAGGCGAAUGUGGAUGCGGAUGCAGAUGAUGAUGGCACACAAUUGACAUUUAGCAUUAAUGGUAGUCUCGAUUUGGAUAAUGUGCGUCCACCGUCGGGCAUGGACUCGCUUAAUUCCGUCUGCAAUACGCAGCCGAGUUCGUUGUGUCAACCGUUGCCCAGUAAAUCGCCAAGAUUUGCGCGCAAAGGAUUCCCAGCUGGGCUGGUGGCCAGGCGAGCACUUGGUCAACUGGCGGGCAGUGCGGAGAGUGUCAAUUCCAGUUGUAAUUUAUUGGAUAACAUAAAGCCACCAUCGCUGAUGGAUGAGCUGCUAGACUCAAUGAUUAGCGUGGACAGCAUACAGUCCGAGGUGGCGGAUGCUGAACAGGAUUGCAGCAUGGCAACCACCAUAUCAGUGUCCAACUAUGAGACGGCAGCUGGCGAUGAUCAGACGCUGACGCUAACCGUGCUCCAAAGCUGCUGUGACUACGACGACGAGGAGGAGGAUGCCACCAUGAAUGAGGACUUUAGUUCGGCCGAAUCCACACCCAAACCGGGCUCGACGCCCUCGCCCAAUCGUCGUACGCUGACGCCAAAGCAGAAACGUCGCCUGGCCAAGGAUCGCUACAAGACGUACACCAUCUCCAGCAGCGUUUUGGAUGCGCCCGAUGUAAAUGAAACGUUGCAAAUUGAAAUUGUGGAGAGUGUGCCGUCAGCGAUGCCAGCAACGUCCUCGCCACGCCUCAAUGGACGACGACGUGGCAGCGCCGAGCGCUACAAGACGCAGUUGAUCGAGUGUCCACGCCAGCUGCUCCAAGAUGAUUGCCCCAGCGAACAGCUGUCCUCCAUUCGGGCAAUGAUGCAACAGUUUACUUAUAUUACAGACAUCAAUUUUGGCCAGCCCACGGUGACGGAGACGGAGGCACAGGCCGAGGAGUUGCCUGUGCUGGUGGAUGAUCCGCCAAGCUGUGAAUUGGAUCAAAAUUCGGAAACGGAGUCAUGUCAUGGUCGCGCACAGACGCCUCCAAUUGCAAUUGUCGAGCAGAAACAGGUCAACAUAAAGAAGGCAACACCGCCGCCCACAUUGGAACCCGCUGCAGCUGUCAAAGUGGUGCGUGGCAGGAAGAAGCCCGCCUACAUCUCGCCCUACAGCAUGCAGAGUCAGCGGGUUAGCAAUGCCGCUGCUGCUGCUGCCAAUGCCAAGAACAAGACGCUAUCGCCAACGAUUGCAAAGCGGAAUGCGGUGCCGGGAUUGCGGUUGCCCCUGAAGAAGAAGUCGACGCCGCCACCGCUAGCUACAGCAGCAACAACAACUGCUCCGACAGCAGCUGUUCCGACGCGAUUGGAACGUCAGGGCACCUUUGUCAAGGAUGAGCCAACAAACAUAAACGCACAAGUGCCCAUUGUGGAGGCACUGAGUCCGACUCAUCGAGCUUCCAAGCUGCCCACAAAGCGCACAACAGUAACAACAACUAAAGUGGCAGCAGCAGCAGCAACAGCAACCAAAGCAGCGUCACCCAAGCGCAUCAUUGCCAAGUCCACAAGUCGAGUGAUGCCACAACAACAACAACGACAAGCACAACAACAACGUGCCAACACAAAUAUACGUUUGGCGAGCGCCAAAGCAGCGGCUGCAUCACGCGUAGCCGCUCAAGCGUCACGUGUGUCAUCCACAACGCCGCCCUCCCGCAGCAACUCCAAUUUGAAUGGCGGCAGUGCAGCAGCCGCAGCGGCGGCCAAGAUUAACCAAGCGCAGAGUCGCAUUGCCAACAUUUGGAAGCGUGUGGAUGAGGCCAAAACGAAGACAAAGCAAGCGUCCAAUUUGAGGACACAACAAACGAAAUCUUCCAGCACACUGAACGGUGCAAUGUCGCGUCCAAUGCUGCUGCGUAGCUCCACAUUUGACAAUACGCCGCCAGUUGAAGGAGAAGGAGCAGGAGAAGGUGGCGGACGAAGAGGAGCAAGCAAUGCCGUUCCAGCAGCAACUCCCAAGUCCCGGUUGCCCGUUGUCGGUGCCCGCAAAUAAAAAAAUCGUGGAUAACGCACAGAGAAAGAAAAAGAGACAGAUGAUGGAGAAUCAAAUAUAUAUAUAAAUAUAAAUUAUACGCAAUAUUCUAUACUACUUUAUAGAAGGUAGCUAGAUCUAUAAGCGAUAAAAACACUCCUAGUUACUUAUACUAAUCCAAUUCACAGUCAGAAAUCGGGUUAAUUCAGCUCCAAGUUCGUGUGUAGCCAAAUGUAUUGCAUAAUAAUCGGUAGAUAUAUAUACAUAUAUAUUCUUUCAGGCCUUUUCGAAAGUGUACAACUUAUAUAUACUGUUUACUAUAUAUACACUAUAUAUAUAAUACGAUAUUUAAAGUUAUAUAUCAUAUAUCAGUCAAGAUAGAUUGUACCCCUUGGUACUUGUUGAGGAUAUAGAUGGAUAUAUAUAUAUAUAUAUAUAUAGAAAAGUAGCUGGCCUAAAGUAAUCAACUUUAUAUAUAGUACACAUAAAUGUAUUAGGCGUAUUUGUUUUUUUUUAUACUAUAUGCCUUUGGCUUCCUUUUGCAAAACCAAAUAUUAUUUCAAAAAAUGAAAAAACUGAUUAAAAUAAACACAUUUAUAGUCACAGCUUUUUAAGUAUACAGAACGACGUUCGAUUUAAUAAUACAUUUUAUUAUGAUUAACUUUAAGUGUAUCUUGUAUUUGUAUUUCUUUGAGCUUACCACAUUACAAUCGGUCUGUAGUUAGUUUUGAUUUAAGCCCAUUUUACAGUUCUAAUACAUAUUAAUAAUAAAAAACAUAAAAAUGCUUUUCGACAACAAA